AUGACAGAACCAGAAUCUUCCGCCGACUAUGUGAUGGAAACAUCGUCAAAGCAUCCACCUCCUAUACACAGCCAUGUGGGAGAACACCAUGCUGACACCGGAGGGAGGGAGAUCCCCAUUUCGGGUUCUGUAAAGAUGUUUGCCAUGUGUGCUGCCAUCAAUUCCUGCAAUCUCGGAUAUGACAUUGGAGUAUCGACUCCAGCAGCCAAGAUUGUCCAAGAACAGUGGGGACUUUCGGAGGAACAAAGGGAGCUCUUUGUGGGUUGUCUCAACCUGUUUGCGUUGUUUGGCAGCCUGGGUAGUCAAGUGCUAUCGGAUCGAUACGGAAGACGAAUGACGUUUAUUGUGGCAUCCGUCGGAUUUAUCAUUGGAUUGGUCCUUCAAGCUUCGGCCCAGGAAUACGCCAUGUUGAUGACCGGUAGAGCUCUCGUCGGACUGGGUUGUGGUGUUGGUCUUGCGAUUGACCCACUCUACAUCUCCGAGAUUUCACCCGCCGCCCACAGGGGAGAACUGGUGACCUGGUCUGAGAUCGGCAUCAAUGUAGGCAUAGUCCUUGGGUUUGCCAUGGGAUUGUUCUUUUCGGGCAUGAAUCCAGAGCUGGAAUGGCGGGCUCUCUUCCUCGUGGGGGCUAUCUUGCCCUGUGUCAUGAUCUACCUGGCGAUCCGAGUCAUGCCGGAGAGUCCCCGUUGGUACACGCUCAAAUUUCGAUAUGAGGAAGCCAAGACAGUGCUGUUAUCCAUUUACCCCAAAGGAUACAAUGUCGAUCUCGUCAUUGAUGACAUGAAAGAGGCAUUGGAACGGGAACGGAUUGCCGAAAACGCCGUGGGCUGGGGGGCCAUCUUUCAUCCCACACCGGCCUUUCGGCGCAUGUUGACUGUGGGUCUCGGGAUUGCUACCGCUCAGCAGCUUGUGGGCAUUGACGCUAUUCAAUAUUAUCUUCUGGAUGUCAUUGAGCAAACAACCGAUUCGGAAACGAGACAACAAAUUCUAUUGAUCCUCCUGGGUUGUGUCAAGUUGAGCUGCAUCUUUGUGGCAGCCAAGUUUUUUGAUUCUCCAGCCGCAGGGCGACGACCCCUUGUGUUCCUAUCAUUGGCAGGAAUGACGAUUGCGCUUCUGGUUCUUAGUAUUACCUUCUAUGUGGCUGGAAAGGAAAACCCCAAUAGUACUCUCACGGUGCUGGGUCUGGGGCUGUACCUGGCCUUCUUCAGCUUUGGAAUGGGCCCCGCAGCGUGGCUGGUCCCCAGCGAAGUGUUUGCAACAUGCAUACGUGCCAAAGCAAUGAGUAUGGCAACUGUUUUGAAUCGAUUGGCGGCUACUGCCAUGAGCUCUUCCUUCUUGACAAUGACAGACGCAAUGACUUGGCAAGGCUUCUUCCUUCUCUUGGCUGGCAUUUGUCUCGUCACAUUCCUCUUUCUGUACUUUUUGCUUCCCGAAACCAAGGGACAUUCUUUGGAAGACAUGUCCUUGUACUUUGCAGAGGUGACGCAAGAUUUCUCCAUUCUAGACGCCGAGCGCAAGAUACGAGUUGAACAAGAGCUUCAAACUGUCGCAGCAGCUGGUGGAACGGAAGGAACAACACGGGGCACUCUGACCUAG